GGUGAAAGGUCAACGCGCCGGCGGCACUCCCAACAUGGCUGCCGCCCGGGCUGUGGCGCGCGGUCCGGGAGCUGAUUCGCGGCGGCCACCCUCUCUUCGAUCCGCGCGGCUGCCGCGGCUGCUCUUGCUGCUGGCGGUGGUGGCGGCAGUGGGGCCCCGGGAGAGCAGCGGGGCGCGGCUCUACCGCGUGGGCGAGGACGUCGUGUGGUUGCUGGACAGCGGCAGCGUGCGGUCGGCCACGGGCAACAGCUCAGCCGCGUGGCUGGUGCAGUUCCACUCGUCGUGGUGCGGCCACUGCAUCGGCUACGCACCCACCUGGCGAGCGCUGGCGGCGGACGUGCGAGACUGGGCUGCUGCCAUCCGUGUCGCUGCUCUGGACUGUGCAGAAGAAAAGAACCAGGACGUAUGCCGCACAUAUGACAUCCACUUCUACCCCACCUUCAGGUAUUUUAAAGCAUUUACAAAGGAGUUUACAACUGGAGAAAAUUUUAAAGGACCUGACAGGGAGUUGCGGACAGUUAGACAGACAAUGAUCGACUUCCUGCAGAACCACACUGAGGACACCAGGCCUCCUGCAUGCCCACCCCUGGACCCUAUUCAGUCCAGUGACAUCCUUUCCCUCAUGAACAGCCACAGUGGCCAGUACCAUGCUGUUGUGUUUGAAAGCAAUGGUUCUUAUGUUGGACGAGAGGUGAUCUUAGAUUUGAUCCCAUAUGACAACAUCAUGGUGAGCAGAGCACUGGAUACGGACAGAACAUUUCUGGGGACACUUGGCAUCUCUUCAGUUCCUUCCUGUUACUUGAUUUACCCAAAUGGGUCUCAUGGAGUAGUUAAUGUCGCAAAGCCUCUACGAUCGUUUUUCUCCUCUUAUUUAAAAUCCUUACCAGAUGUAAGGAAAAAGUCACUUGCCUUGCCUGAAAAGCCCAACAAAGAAGAAAAGUCAGAGGUUGUGGUUUGGAAAGAAUUUGACAGGGCCAGGUUGUACACUGCAGACCUGGAGUCGGGACUUCACUACCUGCUGAGAGUGGAGCUGGCUGCCCAUAGGUCCCUGGCUGGAGCCCAGUUACAGACAUUCAGGGACUUCAUGACUGUUGUUGCCAAGCUGUUCCCUGGCCGGCCACCAGUCAAGAAGCUCUUGGAGACACUGCAGGAGUGGCUGGCCAACCUCCCCCUGGACAAGAUUCCAUACAAUGCCAUCCUAGACCUAGUCAACAACAAAAUGCAGAUUUCUGGAAUCUUUCUUACCAGCCACAUAAAGUGGGUGGGAUGUCAAGGAAGCCGAUUGGAGUUGAGGGGCUACCCAUGCUCCCUCUGGAAACUGUUUCAUACUUUGACGGUUCAGGCCUCCACCCAUCCAGAAGCGCUGGUUGGCACAGCCUUUGAAGGUGACCCCCAGGCUGUGCUGCAGACCAUGAGGAGAUACAUUCGCACAUUCUUUGGGUGCAAAGAAUGUGGUGAACAUUUUGAGGAAAUGGCUAAGGAGUCCAUGGAUUCUGUGAAAACUCCAGACCAAGCUGUUCUCUGGCUUUGGAGGAAGCACAACAUGGUAAACAGCCGCCUGGCAGGCCAUUUGAGUGAGGAUCCCAAGUUUCCAAAGGUUCCAUGGCCCACUCCAGACCUCUGCCCAGCCUGCCAUGAGGAAAUUAAAGGCCUAGACAGCUGGAAUGAGGGCCAGGUGCUUGUGUUCCUGAAGCAGCACUACAGCAGAAACAACCUGGUGGACACAUACUCUGUGGACCAGGACAGUCCUGGUGAGCGGAAAGCCCAGGGUAGAGAGCAAGAAGACAGCAAAGAUCUUCACCCCUCGGGGAAGUCCUGGAGACACCAGGAUGCUGAGAGUCUCCGUCCACCCCAUAUACUGGGCCCCAGAACUGACCCUUCCAAGAGCCUGCAGCACAGGCUGGACCUAAGACUCCAGAGCACUCAGGGGCCCCAGGCACUUAAGGAGGCCAAGGCAAUCGUGCCCUUCCUCGGGGUUGGCUUCUCCAGUCUGGACAUGAGCCUCUGUGUGGUGCUCUACGUGGCCUCCUCCUUGUUCUUGAUGAUCAUGUACUUCUUCUUCAGAGUAAGGUCCAAGCGGUGGAAAGUUCGGCUCUACCACCCAACUGUUUAGAGCACCUGGGCCAGUCAUGACGACUCAGAGGAAGCCUUUGAACUACCCACACACCUGCAGCUUUAAUGUUGGGAUCAGGGAUUUUGCAAAUGUGCCCAGCAUAGUGUCUGGAGAUGCAUGUUUUGUUUUUCAUACAGGAACUUUUUUUUUUUGCCUUGCUGGUAUCUUGCCCUCACCUUCCCAGCCUCCAUGUUAGACUAGUGUGUAUUUGGCCCUGUAGAAGGAUGCAGGUUCCCCCACAGCCACACAGCCUUCCAUGUUGCUGCUCCUUCCAUGAGGCCUCAAGUCUCCGUUUGCUCCCAUUCCCCCACCCCCUCUCUCUGACGCAGUAUCCAGAGAUGAGCAGCCAAAGCACAGAGGCCUCUACAGAUAUCACACGCCUGCCACAGCUGUGGGCUGUGCUCCUGCAUAGCCUGUUGUGCUUUCAUGGGAGUUUAGGGUGCUCUAAAGUUGAACAGGGAAGUCUGGUCACCUUGUGGGGUGUAGGGCCUAGAGGCCACUAAGUUAUGUUGUAGCUUCCCUGCGUCUUAAAUAACCAGAUCAAGCUGUAAUGCAAACUUGGUCCCUGUGGGACAGUGCAGUCUCCAGGAAGCCUCUAGAGCUCCUGUCAUGUCUUUCAUAUACACUGCAGAAGACACUGGUGGGGGCAUGGGAUGCUACCCCUGCAUACUAGGCAUCCUGGCCUUGAGGAUAACUUAAAAACAACAACAAUGAUUUAAAUUAAAUACAUUUUUUUGUAAAAUCCCAUUGGUAAACUUGUGCCUAAAGACUUUUUAAAAAAUGGACUAAGUCUACAUUUCUGGAAACAUUCCUACUGAGACCCUCAUAGCUCAGGAGCUUCUUUUUAUUUGGAUAAAGCAAGCUAGUCUUCUGUGAGUGAGUGAGUGUGUGUGUGCGCGUGCGUGUCUGCUCACAUGGAUGUGACUAGGUUAAAUAUACAUUCCACUUUGCAUAGUCUGUGCUUUAUAUUUGCAUCCUUCCCAGUUACAAUCGCCCACAUAGGUACCAUUUAAGACCCUGUAUUAUCAGUGUCUCUGCUGCCACUUAAGACAACGGACAGCUGUCUCCUUGGGCUUUUGUUAACCCUCCUUUCAUCACAUAGGAGGAUCAGUUAGUUGAGAGCCAGGCCUCCCUGGCUGGGGCCGAUGGCUGGACUCAGCCACCUGAACCUCCUACUUCACGUCCUAGUGGCAGGAAGUUGCUUCUUUGCAACCUGGAGCCCUGUGCUUAAAGACAAACAAGCUAGUUCAUCCUUCGGUGUUUCUAAGGAUGAACACCUCUGGUCUAUCAGUUUGAGAACUGGGCCUAUUAAAGGGCAGCCCCAGUGAAAUGCUUGAGCCCACAGUUGAACCACUGGGGGGCAUUGUUGAAGGGGGCUUCCCCAACUGUGGCCCUGGCGUGGCUGGUGUUUGCAGAAGCCCACUCUGGGCAGAUCCUACUUUCAGCUGCCCUUGUACAGUCCCAGGUAAUCCCUUAGGGGACAAGCACACCACGGACAUCCCUGUUUGAACUGUUCAUUCUGCAGUGAAAAGGCUUGCAUUCCUCCAGGUCCCUGUUCAGUGCACAGACGCACCUUUGGGCCAAGUGUAAAGUCUGUUCUAAAGUCUGAAGUUUUAUAAGAGGUAUUAUGACUAAUGUCUAGACUAGUUCAGUAAUUUAAAUGUUUAUUUAUUUUUUAAUGCAAAGAUUUUGAGUAAAAAGCCAAUUGGCAUGAAAAUGUCAAUGAAAUUUCUUAACUUAAAAAAGGGGUACAUUUUGUAUUUAAGUAGACUCUAAUAUGCACAUUGUAAGAAUAAAGAAAUUUGACAUUUAAUAAAGUUGUUACAGUUUU